AUGGAACAUCAUUAUAAAACGGAAAAAAUUGUGAAAGAAAGAUCACCAUUGAAUUUUAGCACGCUCCUCGCACCACUUGGAAUUUCUUCUGCUGUCUUCAGAUUUUCCCCUAAAUUUAAGGUGAAGAUGGCUGUGGAGAUUACAGAAUUCCUUUUAUCUGCUCAAUCACCAGAUGCAAAGGUCCGAACUGAAGCAGAAGUCAGACUCAGGCAAUUUCAAGAACAAAACCUUCCAGGGUUUCUUCUCUCUUUGUCACUUGAACUCUCCAAUGACAAUAAACCUCUGGAGUCUAGAAGAUUAGCUGGAAUUGUCCUCAAGAACUCUUUAGAUGCCAAAGAUGCUACAACCAAAGAACAUUUACUCCAAAGAUGGGUGUCAAAUGACAUUUCAUUCAGAUCCCAAAUCAAAGGUCUCCUCUUAAACACACUUGCUUCAUCAGUUUCUGAAGCAGGCCACACUGCAGCUCAAGUAAUUGCCAAAAUCGCCUCCAUUGAAAUCCCAAGAAAAGAAUGGCCUGAACUCAUUAGCUCUCUACUUGGAAACAUGACACAACAAGAUAAACCAUCAUCAUUAAAACAAGCAACAUUGGAGUCACUUGGUUAUGUAUGUGAAGAAAUCUCCCACAAUGAUCUUGUUCAAGAUGAAGUCAACUCAGUCCUUACAGCUGUUGUUCAAGGUAUGAAUGUCACUGAACAAAGCUCUGUUCGUCUAGCUGCAGCCACAGCUUUAUACAACGCACUUGAUUUCGCACAAACAAAUUUCGAAAAUGAAAUGGAAAGAAAUUACAUCAUGAAAGUAGUAUGUGAAACAGCUAUGGCUAAAGAACCUGAUGUCAGAAAAGCUGCAUUCGAAUGCCUUGUGUCAAUCGCAUCAACUUACUAUGAAGUUCUUGAGCCUUACAUGCAAACCCUCUUUGAGUUAACAGCAAAUGCAGUAAAAGGAGAUGAAGAAGACGUUGCUCUUCAAGCUAUUGAGUUUUGGAGUUCCAUUUGUGAUGAAGAGAUUGAGCUUCAAGAUUUUGAAACUAAUGAAACCGGUGAUUCAUACCCUCAUUCACGUUUCAUAGAAAAAGCUUUAUCUUUACUUGUUCCAAUGCUUCUAGAAACUUUAUUAAAACAAGAUGAAGAUCAAGAUCAAGAAGAUGGAAUCUGGAAUUUGUCAAUGGCAGGUGGGACAUGUUUAGGUCUUGUUGCAAGAACUGUAGGGGAUUCCAUUGUCCCUUUGGUUAUGCCAUUUGUUCAAGAGAACAUUUCAAAGCCAGAUUGGCGGGCCCGCGAAGCUGCCACGUAUGCAUUUGGCUCCAUUCUUGAAGGUCCAAGUGGCGAAAAGCUUUCUCCUAUGGUGUUAUCAGCUCUAGAUUUUCUCCUCAAUGCUAUGGGAGAUCAAAACAGUCAUGUGAAAGACACAACUGCAUGGACUUUAAGUCGAAUUUUCGAAUUAUUACACAGCCCUGUUACUGGAUCUUCCGUUAUUACCCCUGUUAAUCUUGAAAGAAUCAUCCAGGUCCUUCUAGAAAGCAUCAAAGAUUCACCUCAUGUAGCUGAAAAAGUAUGUGGUGCUAUUUAUUAUCUCGCUCAAGGGUACGAAGGUUUUGAAAGUGGUUCUUCUGUUUUAACACCUUAUCACGCUGACAUCAUCACUUCAUUAAUUGCAACUGCUGAAAGAACAGAUGCUAAUGACUCAAAGCUUCGAUCUGCUGCUUAUGAGACUUUGAAUGAAGUUGUAAGGUGUUCAAAUCUGAAAGAAACAUCUCAAAUCAUUACUCAACUCCUACCUGUUGUGAUGUCAAAACUCGGUCAAACAAUUGACCUUCAAAUUUUAUCAUCCGAUGAUCGCGAAAAGCAAGGAGAUCUACAGGCGUUACUGUGUGGCGUGUUGCAGGUGAUCAUUCAAAAACUCAGCAGCAUUGAGGAAACAAAACAGAUCAUUUUCCAAGCUGCUGAUCAAAUCAUGGUUCUUUUUCUCAAAGUCUUUGCUUGUAGAAGCUCAACUGUACAUGAAGAAGCCAUGUUAGCAAUUGGUGCUCUCGCUUAUGCAACAGGGGAAAAUUUCAUAAAAUACAUGCCAGAGUUUUAUAAAUAUCUAGAAAUGGGAUUACAAAACUUUGAGGAAUAUCAAGUUUGUACUAUUUCAGUUGGAGUAGUUGGGGAUAUAUGCAGAGCUUUGGAUGACAAAAUGUUGCCUUUUUGUGAUAACAUUAUGAGUUUGCUUCUUAAGGAUUUGUCUAGUGGCGAUUUGCAUAGAUCCGUGAAGCCUCCGAUUUUUUCUUGCUUUGGUGACGUGGCGCUUGCGAUUGGGGAGCAUUUUGAGAAGUAUGUUCCUUAUGCUAUGCCGAUGAUGAAAGGAGCUGCGGAAGUUUGUGCUCAGAUUGAUGUGAAUGAUGAAGAAAUGGUGGAGUAUGGGAAUCAGCUGAAAAGAAGUAUUUUCGAAGCGUAUUCAGGGAUUUUACAAGGGUUUAAGAAUUCGAAAGCUGAGUUGAUGUUGCCUCAUGCUCCUCAUCUUUUGAAGUUCAUUGAAGUUGUUGUUAAAGAUGCUCACAGGGAUGAGAGUGUGGUGAGGGCAGCAGUAGCAGUGCUUGGAGACCUUGCAGAUGCACUUGGGCCCCACGUGAAGGCUCUCUUCAAAGACUUGGCGUUCUGUAGUGAGUUAUUAGUAGAGUGUCUUCAAUCGGAAGAUGAGCAGUUGAAGGAGACAGCUACUUGGACACAAGGAAUGAUUGGGCGUGUUUUCUCGGUAUGCGGGUAAUAAUAAUGAUAAUGAUAAUAAUAAUAAUAAUAAUUAUUAUUACUAGUUUUUUUUCUUGGUUACUGAAAGAAAAAUGCGCUUUUUCAUACAAAGUUUCGGUCAGGGUCGGGUCGGGUGAAUCAAUGUGAAGUCUUGUACUAUGAAUUUAAGUACAAAAAACUUUGGGGGAAAAGGUUGGUUAUUCUGUGUAUGGUUAUUGAGUUUUUGGCACUGAGAAGUAAGAACUUAAGAAGGUCAUUAUAAAAGGUGGCUUAU